UGUAGAAUAUCGAAGACAGAAAGAUUCGCAAUUUUUGGAUAUCUUUCGCAUUAAACAUUAGAUCUGCGUCUGAAAAUGAAUUCUUCCUUGAAAUUUCGGAUUGAUCGUAUAAAUUGAUCCAGUCUGAGAAUUCUUUUAUAGCUAAAAAGAUGCUUGUUCUAAUGAGACUGACUUUUUUUCUCAUUUUGUUUGAUUGGGCCAAGUGUUCACAUUCCAAGCAAUGCCCUGCCGUGUACGAAAGAUUCCAUGCAAAUCACACUUUCUGUCUUCAACCAAAUAAAAAAUGUAAUAUUAAACGCUCUGGAGUUCGUAGAAAAGAAAGAAAGCUUAUUCUAAAAAUUCACAACACUUACAGAGAUAUUAUUGCGAGAGGAAAAGAAAACAGAGCUGUUGGCGGCGCCCUUCCUAAAGCAGCUGAUAUGAUUCAAAUGGUAUGGGACAAAGAGCUUGCAGCUAUUGCACAGAAAUGGACAAAUAAUUGUGAAUACAAACACGAUUGUAGAGAUGGAUGUCGCACUGUUGAUAGCUUCAGGGUUGGACAAAACAUUGCCAGACACGGCUCAUCAUGUUCUAGCAAAAAAUGUUCAAGAAAGGAAAAAAAGGAGAUAUACAAACCUAAUUGGUCAGAUAUAUUAAAAACAUUUUACGAUGAGGUACUGAUUUACAAGACCAAAUGGUUCAAUAAUUAUCAGACGAGAAGUGAACAUAUUGGUCAUUUUACUCAGAUAAUAUGGUCUAGAUCAUGGAGAAUCGGAUGUGGGUACACAGUCUACAAAGAACAAAAUGUGUAUUAUAAAUUUUAUGCUUGCAAUUAUGGACCUGCAGGAAAUGUUAUAAAUGAACCUUUAUAUAAGGAAGGAGCACCAUGCUCGGCUUGUCCAACCAAUAGUUGUUGCGGAAGAUCUUGUGGGAAAAAAAUGAAAUAUCCUGGAUUAUGUAAAAUGAAAAAGUCUAAGAAAACCCCAAUUUAUCUAAGAAAAAUAGAUGACCUACUUUUCUUCUGCGAUUUUGAGCCUAAAACCAAAGACUGCGCUUCGGAAGUGACUGGAAUUAAAUCUUGGAAACAUAAAGAUACAUUCGCAGGCAGUUAUGACUCCAUAGAACUCAAAGGUGGACAAACGACAAAUAGAACAUUUAAAAAGGAAAUCAAGCCUUCUACAAGCGGAUUCUGCUUAAAAAUAAUCUACCGGAAGAGUGCAUCAAAAGCUGCAAAAACAGAUAUAAUUGAGGCUUCUUUUGAAAUAGAAAUAACUACUUCUAAUAAAAUUAUCUCAAAGCAACUUAAAACAUCAAUAGAUUUUCUUUCUUACGAAAUCAGCCUCGGUUGGAAUUCAAAUACUAAAGUUGCGAUCAUCUUAUCUGUCCCGCCGGGUGGGAAACCUCACAUUUUCGAUUUAAAAGAAAUACUAGCUCAUGAUGAUAAAUGCGGGUCAAGGGAUAUAUGAAAGCUUCCAAAUGUUCUCAUCUCUUGUAUAAACUCCAUUUAUUUACUCUCUGGAUUCAUAUUUGUGCAUCCUGUUGUAGCGAUUAUAGCUGGUAAA